CCAACCAGCCGCUUCUUUCUCCCUUUCUUCUACCUCCCUCCCAUCCUUGAUUCUCUCUCUGCCUAGCUACCCUCCUUCUCUCUCCCCCGCUCCCACCUACACUAGCCAGCAGGCAGGCAGAGCCAGGGAGCAAAGAGCUGCUGGCCAUGGAGCCUGGCCCCGACGCGCCAGGCGGCGGAGGGACGAGCGCGCCGGCGGAGGCCGGGCCGUCGACGACGACGUCGUCCUCCGCCGCCGCGUCGUCGAGCCGGCAGUCAGAGCAGGAAGCGCCGCAGCAGGAAGGAUCGCGGAGGCAACAGCCGGCAGCGGCGGCGGCUCAGCAGGAAGCGCCGCCAGCGCAGGCCCAGCCGCCGCAGCCGCUGCCGCUGGCUCAGCAACCGCCGGCGCCACCCCCGGCGGGACUGAGCCGGUACGAGUCGCAGAAGCGGCGCGACUGGAACACGUUCCUGCAGUACCUGCGCAACCACAAGCCGCCGCUGACGCUGGCGCGCUGCAGCGGCGCGCACGUCAUCGAGUUCCUCCGCUACCUGGACCAGUUCGGCAAGACCAAGGUCCACGCCGAGGGCUGCGCCUACUUCGGCCAGCCCAACCCGCCGGCGCCCUGCGCGUGCCCGCUGCGCCAGGCCUGGGGAAGCCUCGACGCGCUCAUCGGCCGCCUCCGCGCCGCCUACGAGGAGUCCGGCGGCCGCCCCGAGUCCAACCCCUUCGCCGCCCGCGCCGUGCGCAUCUACCUCCGCGAGGUGCGGGAGGCGCAGGCCAAGGCGCGCGGCAUCCCCUACGAGAAGAAGAAGCGCAAGCGCGGGAGCGCGGCCGCCGCACCUCCCGUCGCGCCGCCCCCCGUUGUGACCGCAGAGGGCGCGGGGACGUCGGGAGGCGCCGCCGAGGAGGAGGACGACGAGCCGUCGCCGUCCGGUGAGCCACAACAGGCCACGCCGGCAUCCUCGGCUCCUCCUCCUCCUCCUCCUCCUACAGGUGCUUCAUCCAGUGCUAGUGCAAGUAGUACCAGUGCUGCUGCAGCGACGACGACGACGACAAGAAAGGAAGCCGAAGGAUCAGCGCCAAGUUCGUGAUAAUUGUAGAUCAUCUACCCUUUUGAUUCCAUCAACUCGAUCGAUCCCAAUUCUAAUCCCACCUCCUCAUCAAUCUUAAAUUUUUAGUUGCUUAUUUUCUAUUAUUGUUAUUGUUUGUUGGUAUAAGAGAGGUCUAAGGGACUUUGUAGGAUCAUGCUAGGAGGAGUACAUAUAUAAGAGAACAUAUCAGUUAACUUCAAGAAAAUUUAAUUUGCAGGAAGGAGAGGAAGAUAAAUUUCUCUGCUCUAUCUCAGAUAUGAUAUCUUUCUCCAUAUAUAUUCAGGAUACAUGCUCAAGCUUUUACUGUUUGCUGAUUUGAGUGCCAUGGGGUCACAUUGAUUUGAA